GAAAACUCUUAACUAUUUGGCAUUUGGCUGGAUGGGAACACACAGACCUCAACCGUGCAUGGACAUCUCCAAGCGGAAAGCUCAUAACAGUUUCAGCAACGAAACAUAACAGUCCCCGCAGCACCAGGAGGAUGGCUUACUCUGACAGCAGCUGCCACUGCAGCAGCGAAAGACGACAGAACAGCAUCUUGUACAGCAUUUUAAAGAACGACAGUCAGAUUGCGCAACUUGGGAACCAGCCGAGGACCCCGAGGCUCGCCUUGUCCAUGCGCGCGUGUGCUUGCGGCUCCAAGACGAAGGUGUCUCUCCGCUUCCCUCAGACCACAUGCAAAGCCGCCUCCGCGGUCCUGGUCAAGACCCUGAAGUUCGUGAAGAACGUGCCGUGUUUUCGGGAGCUGCCGGUGGAUGACCAGCACACGCUGGUGCGGAGCAGCUGGGCGCCGCUGCUGGUGCUCGGCAUGGCGCAGGACAGGAUCGACUUCGAGACUUCAGAGACGCAAGAGCCCAGCAUGCUGCAGCGGAUAUUAACGAGCGGACAGGACAAGCAGGACCACCAGAGUAAUAACGGCGGAGUGGCGUUGACCGACGUUCAGGGUAUUAAAAUGUUUCUGCGGAAAUGCUGGGGACUGGACAUAAGCACUAAGGAGUACGCGUACUUAAAAGGGGCCAUUCUGUUCAAUCCAGAUGUUGCAGGGCUGCAGUGUCAACAUUACAUCCAGGGCCUGCAGAGCGAGGCAAACCAGGCGCUUAAUGAAUAUGUCAAAAUGAUUCACCAUGGGGACAGUGUAAGAUUCGCCAAACUCUUCCUCGCCCUCUGCAUGCUGAGAUCCAUCAACGCCAACGUGGUGGCCGGUCUGUUCUUCAAACCAGUCAUUGGAGCUGUCAACAUGGAGGAACUUCUUCUGGAGAUGUUUUAUGGGAAAUAAACUCCAAUGCAAAUGCCCAGGCAGAAUUCUCAAACUUUGAAAGAGUGGCAGUCAGCAGUGGACAGAGAGAUUUUGAAAAUGACUGAUUCCUUUUUACACAUGCUAUUUUUGUACGACAUAAGAGCUCUCUUUUUGCCUUCUGAGUUGAACUCAUCGCUGAAUCCAAAGUUGAUGACAACGUUUUUUCCAUUUGGGGAAAGAGCUUUAUAACCGUUCUGAUUGUGCAGUUUUUUUUACUUGCUUUUCUGUGAUGUUGUGAAGCCUUCUGAUGAAUUUCAUCUGAUUCUCUGUGACACUUUGUAAUAACUUCCAUUAAGAAAUCAUUAACAAGCAUUCAUUUAUUUUGCAUUU